CUUUUUUAUUUCCUUAUUAUUUUAUUACCUUAACGUUACAAACUAACUGCUCCUUCGUUUCAUUAGUGUUAGAGAGAUUGUUUUCUCUAUGCAAGGUAACAGGCGUAUCAGGUUGUAUAACAUCCCCUGUGGCACUUGGAACAGGGCACCUUCAACCCACCGGCCGCCAUCUUAUUCGUUCUCUCCAGUAGAGGUCGCUUUCGUUGCAUGACUCAGCUUCAAGCUUAGAUCUUUGGGCAGAGCUCGGCUCUAAGAUCUUUGGCUUCAAGCACCUGGUCAUCUCUUUCCGAACCCGCCCCUUCUCUGCAUCCGUUGGCCAAAUGCGUUUGUCGGCGAGCUGAUUCGCUGGAGUGGCUGUCAAUCAAAUGAUGUUCCGGGAAGUUUGGUUUAGACGAGGCGCAAUGCCUUCUGGACCUUGUAGUCUGAUAUGUCACGUGGCAAGGCCGCCGGAACACUAUCCCAGCGGCGCGGAGACGCAUGCGCGCCGAGCCCGGCUGGAGCCCUCCCUCAGCCGGAGGAUCUCCAUUUUGCUUUCAAGAGAAAGAGGAAAAAACCGGCCAAGGCGACGUUGGAGGGCCGGCUGCGGCUUCCCGAUCUGGUUGGUGGUUUAUUGGCCCGGCCGGUGUUUAAAUGGCAGCAGCGGCCCGAAAAUGGAUAUCAUGACGGCGGUGUUUAACGCAGCUCGCGACGGGAAGUUGAAACUUAUGCAAAAGUUACUCAACAACCGCAGCGCCGAGGAACUGGAGGCGGUGACGCUGGAGAAGACCAAUGGCGGCACCCCGCUGCUCAUCGCCUCCAGGUAUGGCCACCUGCAGGUGGUGGACUACCUGAUGGAGCACUGCAAGGCCAAGGUGGAACUGGGUGGCUCGGUCAACUUCGACGGCGAGACCAUCGAAGGGGCCCCGCCGCUGUGGGCGGCUUCGGCCGCCGGGCACCUGACGGUGGUGCGGAGCCUACUGGAGCACGGCGCGUCCGUCAACAACACCACUCUGACCAACUCCACUCCGCUGCGGGCCGCCUGUUUCGACGGCCACCUGGAGAUCGUCAAGUACCUGAUCGAGCACAAGGCGGACAUGGAAGUGGCCAACAGGCACGGCCACACUUGCCUCAUGAUUUCGUGUUACAAAGGCCACAAGGAGAUUGCCAAGUACCUGCUGGAGAAGGGGGCGGACGUGAAUAGGAAGAGCGUGAAGGGAAACACGGCUUUGCACGACUGUGCAGAGUCGGGAAGCCUGGAUAUCAUGAGGAUGUUGUUGAAGUGCGGGGCUAAGAUGGAAAAGGACGGAUAUGGAAUGAGCCCCUUGCUUGCAGCCAGUGUCACAGGCCAUAUGAAUAUCGUAGAGUUUCUUAUUCAUAAUGCGCAGACUAAGAAGGAAGAUCGAAUUGACGCGCUUGAGCUACUGGGAGCCACGUUUAUUGAUAAGAAAAGGGAUUUACUUGGAGCUAUGAAGUUCUGGAAGAGAGCAAUGGUGAUGAGACACUGCGAUAAAGCUAAAAUAGUUAAGAAGCCACAAGUAGGGCAGUUAGUGCUGGCAUAUGAUUAUGCAAAGGAAGUCAUGACUUCGGAGGAAUUGGAAGCCCUGAUAACUGACCCAGAUGAAAUGAGGAUGCAGGCUUUGUUGAUCAGAGAGAGAAUUCUUGGACCAUCGCACCCUGACACUUCUUAUUAUAUUCGUUAUCGAGGUGCUGUCUAUGCUGAUUCCGGCAACUUUGAACGCUGCAUCAAUUUGUGGAAGUAUGCACUGAAUAUGCAGCAGAACAAUUUAGACCCCUUGAGCCCUAUGACUGCGAGUAGUUUGCUAUCAUUUGCUGAGCUCUUUUCAUUUGUCUUGCAAGAUCGUUCAAAAGGUACCUUGGCCAUGAAGGUAUCUUUCAAUGAUCUUAUGUGUAUCCUGUGCAAAAGCGUUCGUGAAGUAGAGCGGGCGGUGAAUCAGCGAGAGAACCCACCGGAGGUUGCCCAGUUCACCAAAGCUUUGUCCAUUAUUUUGCACUUGAUCUCCUUGUUGGAAAAGGUAAAAUGUAGCCCUGACCAGGAACAUUACAAGAAGCGAACCAUUUAUAGGCUCUUGAAGUUGAACCCGAGAGGAAAAGGUGGGUUUACCCCACUGCAUCUAGCUGUUGAUAAAGAAACAACGUCGGUUGGUCGCUAUCCAGUUUGCAAAUUUCCUUCGUUGCAAGUGACCUCAGUUCUGCUAGAGUGUGGUGCUGAUGUUGAUUCGAGAGAUUAUGAGAACAACACUCCCCUGCAUAUAGCUGCAGUCAACAACAAUCUUGAUAUUAUGAACAUGCUAAUUGACGCUGGUGCACAUUUUGAUGCCACUAAUUCCUCCAAGAAAACUGCUUGGGAUUUGCUGGAUGAAAAGAAGAUGGUUAAGAAUUUGAUUCAACCCAUUAACCACAUUACCCUCCAGUGCCUUGCUGCGCGCGCUAUUGAAAAACAUAAGGUGACUUACAAAGGAUUAAUUCCAGAAGAACUGGAUGCUUUCAUUCAGCUGCACUAGAGCAAAUUGUGUUAAUGAAUUUAGAUGCAUGACAAGGUGCUGCUCAUGGAGCUUCAACAACUUGCAUUGAUGUGUAGAUAUACCAGAGACUGGAGUGAGAUUAAAAUCGGUCUGACUACUGAAGGGCUAUUUAUAUCUUGCAGGGCUAAAACUGAAGGUAGAAAAUUAAUUUUGCAGAUUUUUCUGUUUUCAUCCAUAGCAUUGUUCAUGCUGGAUUAUAGCAGAAACUAAAUGUUGAGCUAGAGCUGGGGUUGAAAGGCAAGCUUGUGCGUAUGACUGCCAAAGCACACUUAAAGAUAACCUUUUAUUUUAAAUUUGUGCCUCCUGCAGUUGUCUUAGUUCUGUUCCCUUUGCUGCAUUGUUCACAGUGAAAUGCCAUUAUUCCAAAUUUCUGUUUGGCUGUCAUUUCAUUGGCAUUUUCCCCAAAUUACUUCAAAACUGUUGGAAAAUCAGAGCUUCCAAAGUGAUAAUUUUCAAUGAUUAUUAUGUUCAGACAUAUUUUGUAAGAUUUACGUAUAACCAUAUUCGUCGGUGGAUACAGUUAGGACUGAAGUUACAUUUUAAAUUUAAAUGCCAUACUCCACUGCAUCGUAGGCUCAAUGGAACAAAGAUAAAGAUUCAAUUGGCUUGUUUACCUAAUUAUUUAAGAAGGCCAAAACCAUGGAUGCAGCCGAUAAUUAGUGUACUUGUGAGCAUUGGAAAGAGAUCCCUAUAGAUUCAAACCAACCUACUUUCUCAAUUUACUGUCCUGAUUUUACAUGAAACUCGUGUUAUAGAUAUAAUACAAUUUCAGUGCUCGACCAUGUAAGAGUACAAGAUUUAAUAAUGGCAAAUGCUGAGAGCAGUACAAUUGUAAAACAUCCUCAUCUUUAACAAGGGGUAUUGAAGUGAAAGGGUUCUUAGGAGAUCAGAAAGACGGUGUAUUGGAAGGGAGAAUCAUACAUCACAGAAAUGAAUUGAAAAGAUUAACCCUCUUGGAUAAGAAAUGUCCUUUGAAUCUUGCACAUUUAUCUCCCAAGGAAAAUAUUCUUAACACUGGCUUUUAUGUGUCAUUUGAGAUUACCACUGAGCCACAAGGCUGUAAUUCAGUGUUCUCUGAAUAAGCAGAACGUUUUAAAAUAUACUGUUAAAAUACAACUACGGUCUACAUUGGGUUGAGCAAAGGCAAAGACUUGAAACCCUUUUGCAAAUAUCAGGACUGUUUAAAAAGGCACUAUGUAUAGAUCUGUUUUGUUUUAAUAGGGUUUUAUUUAAUGGAAAAAAAACUUGCAAACCAGCGGUGGACCUAUUAGCUUUCAUAUUGUGUAAGAAUGCUUUUUUUUUUAAAGCGGUUCAUAACUACACUUGGAAAUCUGGCUCUUGAAUAUUUAUUUUAGCACAUUCUUUGCCCAUUCAGAGUUUACACUAUAUUGUUUGGUUUGAAGAAUAUUAAAUGCAAAUUGCUGCUGAGCUGUACGUGUGACUUGGAUGGCUCUUAUAAUAAAACAGUAUGUUUUAAACAG